AUGGGGGCUAUUACCUGGGGAUAUGGGGGGAGAGCUCUGCAAGCGGCGCAGAGAACCCGCGCCGCCCGGGCUGGAGGAGAGGGGCGGCAGAAACGCCGGCACCUCGCUCCUUGUCUUCUUGUGCGCUGCAUGUCUGGGCGGCGUGCUGUUUGCCUCAACCUGCAGAAGGGGGCACUAACGGCCGAGAGCCCUCCCCUCCUGCUCGAGAUCCCUCCCCUCCUCUCCUCUCUCUUCCAUCUUGCCCCUCCCUCCCCUCUCUUCCCUCCUCGCCCCGCCCUCCCUUCUCCCCUUUCCACCGCUCUGCACCACUCUCUAAUUGCCUCCUCCCCUCAGCUACCCGGCUUCCUCCUCCACUUCCACCUCUGUUGCUCCUCUCGCUCCCCUCACCACCUCUCGCCAUUCCCUCUCUACCCUCUCUAUUGUCCCUGCCCUCUCUAUUGUCCCUGCCCUCUCUAUUGUCCCUGCCCUCUCUAUUGUCCCUGCCCUCUCUAUUGUCCCUGCCCUCUCUAUUGUCCCUGCCCUCUCUAUUGUCCCUGCCCUCUCUAUUGUCCCUGCCCUCUCUAUUGUCCCUGCCCUCUCUAUUGUCCCUGCCCUCUCUAUUGUCCCUGCCCUCUCUAUUGUCCCUGCCCUCCCCAUAACCCAAGAGCCAACUCUCUGUACCUCGGCCUACCCCUUGCCCUUUGUCCCCUUGUUCUCUCCCACUCCCAACACCAUGCCCCACCGCUCGCCCCUCCUUAG